GUCAUUUCCACAGACAUCUCUCUCUUUCUUCCUCCCUCUCUCUGAAACAGCAGCAGCUUCAGCUCACUCGCUGAGGAGAAGCUCACACGUAAGGUCUGCUCUUCACACUCACACUCACAACUCGCCUUUACACUGAGAAACACCAACACAGUGCAAGUGCUGGCAGGUUGAGCUUUUUUGUUGCCAUGGAGGGUAACCACAGUGGCUCGGCUGGAAGCACGCAUUCGCCUGCGUCGGGAGAACAGACAGAUGGACACGUUUACGAGGUCGCGGUACAGAACACCUCCACCAACCGCACCUCCCAGUUUGCAGAUGUGGCCCUGCUGCAGACCUUCAAGCCCCUCAUCAUCCCCUGUUACGUGCUCGUGGUGGUGGUGGGCGUCUUCGGGAAUUACCUGCUCCUCUACGUCAUCUGCCGAACCCGCAAGAUGCACAAUGUCACCAACCUCUUCAUCGGAAACCUGGCCUUCUCUGACAUGCUCAUGUGUGUCACCUGCGUCCCUUUCACCCUCGCCUACGCCUUCAACCCACACGGUUGGGUGUUUGGCCGCCCGAUGUGCUAUCUGGUGUUCCUCAUCCAGCCGGUCACAGUCUACGUUUCAGUCUUCACCCUCACUGCUAUCGCUGUGGACAGAUAUUAUGCGACCGUUCAUCCCCUGAAGAAGCGUACCUCUGUGGCCACCUGUGCCUCCGUCCUCACCGGCAUCUGGCUGCUGUCCUGCGGGCUGGUGGCUCCGGCGGUCACCCACACCUACCACGUAGAGUUCAAAGAGGAAGGCUUCACCAUCUGCGAGGAGUUCUGGUUGGGUCAAGAGAAAGAAAGACGUGCUUAUGCAUACAGCACCCUGCUGGUCACAUACGUCCUACCGUUGUCGGCUGUCUUUGUCUCUUACCUCUGUAUCACUGUCAAACUGAGGAAGUGCGUGGCACCGGGCCACAGGACACAAGGCCAGGCGGGCGCUCAACAAGCUCGCAAGAGGAAGAUCUUUCGCCUGGUUGCACUCUUGGUGUCCGCCUUUGCGGUGUGCUGGCUUCCUAUUCAUGUAUUCAACGUGCUGCGAGACAUAGACAUUCACCUCAUUAACAAGCGCUACUUUUUACUCAUCCAACUGCUGUGCCACCUGUGUGCCAUGAGCUCGUCCUGCUGUAACCCCUUCCUCUACGCGUGGCUGCACGACCGCUUCCGCACCGAGUUACGGAAGAUGUUCAAGUGCCGCCAUCGCAUUGGAGUGCCUGCUAAUCACUGUGCUGCCAGUGUGGUCUUGUAAUGAAGAGAAUCCUUUGACAUUAUUUCAGUGUAAGUUGCUUAUUCAUCUUGAGUUAAAGUGGAAACGUUGGUGUGUUGAACUAAUGGAGGUCAUCCUCUGGCCAGUAGUAAAAUCCACUAUUUAAUUGGCCAGGAUCUAUUGAGGAGAGGUCAAUCUGUUGGGCAGCAUGAAGGUGUUCAGUCAAUUCAAAGGUAAUCUCCCCAUUAGACUUUGAGAUAUGAAAUUAAAAAGUAGAACAGGGGCCAAUUGGUGUUCAUCCUCCCUGUGGACCAUGAAUAUUCAUUAAUUUGAUUGCAAUCCAGCCAUUAGAUAUAUCUUGUGUGAAGGAUCCAAAGGGGAAAAGGUUUAUCCACUUAGCAAUCUGCCAAUUUCAUGAAUAUAUAAAUGAAUAUAAGAGAACAUGUUGUCACUAGAUAGAAGGUCAGUGGGUCACCUGUAACAUUAUGAGUUAUCCUUUGGGGACUAUAAAUAUCAGCAACAGAUUUCAUGAAAACCAGGCCAUUAUUUUGUAGACAGCCUGGCUGAAAGAUAAAUGUUUACUACAAAUUUACUACUCUUUGUUUAUAAAUUAUGUCAAUGAAAACUGAGAAAGCUGUGAGAAAAAAAACUGUGGCGACAUGCAUGCUUGCGUAUCUGGAAUACUUAAAGGUGCUAAAUGUGAAAUUAAGAGCAUUUUUAUUGCCUCUGCCCGGCUCUCAACAUGUCGACGGCUGAGCUGGCGGCUCAAAGACAAACACCAGCAACAGGGCAGACAGAGCU